AUGCAUUUCUUGGACACCAUCGUCACCGCCCUUCUGCUGGCUACUAGCGCAGUGGCAGUUCCCAUCGAAUCUCCCAUCGAGCUGAUCAAGCGCGCACCUAGCCCCGGCGUCGUGAUCCAAAAGUGCGCCAAGCCCGGCGUCUUCGCCCUCGCUUACGACGAUGGUCCCUAUCAGUACACUUCGCAGCUGGUCGACAUCCUCAACAACGGCGGUGCCAAGGCUACCUUCUUCUUCACGGGCACCCUCUACGGCUGUAUCUACAACCAGAGGGCCGGUGUGAAGAAGGCCUUUGACUCGGGCCAUCAAAUUGCCUCUCACACAUGGACGCAUCCGCAGAACUUUGGCAGCUUGGGGCAGUCGCAGCUCACAACGGAGAUGCAGAAGCUUGAGCAGGCGCUGGUCAACAUCAUUGGCAAAAAGCCCGCCUACAUGCGCCCUCCUUACCUUGCCACCGGCGGCUCUGUGCUGCCCACAAUGAAGACGCUGGGAUACAAGGUCAUCACCAACGACGUCGACUCGGGUGACUGGAACGGCCAGAGUGCUCAACAGAGCCAGCAAAAGUUCCAGCAGGCCGGUGCUGGCGGCAACGGACACAUUCCCCUCAUGCACGAGACGUACGCUAGCACCGUGCAGACCUUGACGCCGUGGUUGAUCAACUGGGCCAAGCAGAACAACCUCAAGCUCGUCACUGUUGCUGAGUGCCUCGAUGAUGCCAACGGAGCGUACCAGUCCGGUAGCUUCACCGGCAACGGCCAAUCUUCGUGCUAG